CCAAGUAUGACAUUAAAAUACGGAUCUGGGGUGAUUGAAGAUGGAGUACACAGCAGAAACAGAUCUAGAGCCUUUAAAGCUGAAAUCUCUAAAAACCGACAAGACGUUUAUAGUUCCUCACACUGAACGGUUGGGGAAAUGCAGGAGUGUGAAGGAGUUUGAGAAGAUGAAUCGAAUUGGAGAAGGAACAUAUGGAAUAGUGUAUCGAGCACGGGACACAAGGACAAAUGAAAUUGUUGCGCUGAAGAAAGUGCGAAUGGACAAAGAGAAGGAUGGGAUUCCCAUCAGUAGUUUGAGGGAAAUUAACCUUCUGCUGCGACUGAGACACCCAAACAUUGUAGAGCUGAAGGAGGUGGUGGUGGGAAGCCAUUUGGAGAGCCUCUUUCUGGUGAUGAGUUACUGUGAGCAGGAUCUGGCUAGUCUGCUGGAGAACAUGCAGUCGCCAUUCUCUGAAGCUCAGGUGAAGUGUAUAGUUCUGCAGCUGCUUAAAGGACUGGCGUAUUUACAUCACAACUUCAUUCUUCACAGGGAUUUGAAGGUUUCCAAUCUACUGAUGACAGACAAGGGCUGUGUUAAGAUAGCUGACUUUGGUCUGGCGCGCGUUUAUGGUGUCCCAAAACAGCCCAUGACUCCUCGAGUAGUGACACUGUGGUAUCGAGCUCCAGAGCUCCUCUUAGGGACCAAGACACAGACCGCUGCCCUGGACAUGUGGGCUGUUGGCUGCAUCUUUGCUGAACUUCUGGCUCAUAAACCUCUUCUGGCCGGAGCCUCAGAGAUCCAGCAGCUGGACCUGAUCAUACAGCUCCUGGGAACACCGAAUGAAAACAUCUGGCCGGGCUUCUCGCGUCUGCCGUUGGUCGGGCAAUACAGUCUGAGGAAGCAGCCCUACAACAACUUAAAGAACAAGUUCACCUGGUUAUCAGAAGCCGGUCUGAGACUGCUCAACCUUCUGUUCAUGUACAACCCACAGCGCAGAGCCACAGCUACAGAAUGUUUAGAAAGUUCUUACUUUAAGGAAAAACCCUUGCCCUGUGAACCAGAACUCAUGCCCACAUUUCCUCACCACCGAAACAAACGCGCUGGUCCUGCCGCUCAAAGCCAGUCCAAACGAAGCAAAAUAUGAGACUGUUCUGCUGCCGCAGUCACCAAAGUCAUCACAUGUGUGUUCUUGUACUGUAAGAUAUUGUACAAAUUACUCAUUAAACUUGAAGCCUGUAGACAUUAGAUAAUAUUGUAAAUAAAUAGACCAAAAAUUUG